CCGGUUUCCAAGGCGAGGAUUAGCAGUAGAUAGCAGAGAACAUGAUCGUGGUGUUAGUCCGACUAUGGCUCUGUCAAGAGGACUGAGAUGUUGUCAGAGAAUAUUCUCCUGGAUCCCUGUUGUCAUUAUUUCAGCCGUGGUCCUGUGGUCUUAUUAUGCAUACGUGUUUGAACUUUGUAUCUUUACUCUCCAUAAUACACUAGAGAAGGCUAUUUACAUUUUGGUCUUCCACAUAUGCUUUGUGAUGUUCUGCUGGACCUACUGGAAGGCUAUCUUCACUCCGGCGGCCACGCCAUCCAAAAAGUUCCACCUCUCCUACAGGGACAAAGAGAGGUAUGAGAUGGAGGAGAGGCCUGAUGUUCAGAAACAGAUCUUGAUUGACAUAGCUAACAAGCUCCCCAUCUUCACACGAACUCAGGCAGGAGCUGUCAGGUUCUGUGAUUACUGUCAGCUAAUAAAGCCAGACCGCUGUCACCACUGCUCAGUCUGUGAAGCGUGUGUCCUGAAAAUGGAUCAUCACUGUCCAUGGGUGAACAACUGUGUCGGUUACUCAAACUACAAGUUCUUCCUCCUCUUUCUGUCUUACUCCAUGCUCUACUGUGUCUUCAUCGCCUCAACUGUGUUUCAGUAUUUCCUCAAGUUCUGGGUGGGCGAGCUUCCAAACGGUCAUGCUAAGUUCCAUGUCCUUUUCCUUUUGUUUGUGGCUGUCAUGUUCUUCGUGAGCCUCAUGUUCCUUUUCGGCUACCACUGCUGGCUGGUGGCGAAGAACAGGUCCACACUGGAGGCUUUCUCUGCACCCAUCUUUCAAAAUGGUCCUGACAGGAACGGUUUUAACGUCGGUUUCCGCAAGAACCUUCUGCAGGUCUUUGGAGAAGAUAUAAAACUAUGGUUUUUCCCAGUUUUCACCAGCCAAGGUGACGGCCACCGUUUCCCUCUGCGGACUCUGAGCGAAUGUCGAAACCCCUUACUGUCCAAUGAGAGGAGAUGGCAGGAAGAUGGCUCAGAUGAGGGCAGCACAGAUGGUGAAAUGGAGAAUGAGCCUUCAGUCAGACUGGAUAUUGAAUAGCUAUAUUUCAUGAGUACUUUCAGCUGCUGCAGGCUUGCACUGUAAAAGCGACUAAACACCAAAUCUUAGAUGAAGAGACAGCAUUCCAAAUACUGGAGAAUUCCAGAAAAGCUUAUGCUCAUAGAGUAAAAUUUGUUGGACGAAGCUGCUUUGUCCUCUUUUUUUUUUCUAUUUCACUUUGUAUGUUCUGGAUGAUCAUCAUCAUCACAAGCACCUUCAUCCUCUACAAGAAUCAUCAAGGAUGAUCACAGACUGUUCCCUGGGGCUUGGAUUUGCUUUGUCUACUGUGUACAAGAUAAUGAUUUGUAAUGACCGUGCAUCUCAUAUUGUAUUAGAUUUCGGCUCACAGAUUCAUUGCACCCCGUUUGCUCUAUUAUCAGUGGAAUCUGGUGUCACAGUGGCAACAAAAGCUGACAUCUUUUCCUGUGGUCACUUGCUCCAAGUUCUACCUACUGUCCUGCAAGCCUGAUGUCUCUCCAAGCCUUAAAGAUUCAUCAAAGACUGUAAAGACUCUCCUGUAAAAUCACUGUGGUGCAGUGAAUAGUACUUUUUAUUUAAAUAUUUGUCCUUUUUAUGAUGGAUAUAACAUGGGUGUUUUCAUUAUGUGUAUUUCUUUAAAGGCAGCUUGCUGCAGCCUAUUUAUAAAAUACUAAACAUGGUGUGUAACAAACGACGAACACUAUUUUUGCGGCUGACUCAGUGUUUUCUGUUCCGAGUCCACGUUUAGCUGAAAUGAUACCUGAUUGGGCUUCCCAGACUUAUCAAGGUCAUAAGCUAAAUCUGCUGAGAGUAGAAAUGCACAAGCAGUUAGUUUGCGGUUUCUGCAGCUCACCUGCGUCUCUUGUCAAGUCUCGAGUGCCACUUUUAACUAAUUAUCACUGACUGUAUUCCAUAUCAAUGUCCUGUCCUUAUUUUUGUACUUAAGCCUUUUCUCUGUAUUAUGGAAAUGUACGAGACGUUCACGCGUCGUAAUCCCCGUCGUGGCUGUGUUUGUCAUAUGAUCCUUUCUUAUGAGUCAUUGUGUUGAUGUGAUAUUCCAUGUGUCCUUCCUCUUUUUGAAAUCUUUAUUUAUCCUAAUGAACACUUCUGGUAUAAUCACUGCAGAAAAUGAACCACAUCUAAUUAUUUUCAGAUCAUUUUUAUUCUGUGACAAUGAAUAAAUGCACCAUUUGGACCAAA